GCAGGUCUGCGUGGCUGUUGUCCCCAGCACUCUGUGACGCCUGACAAGGAGGCGCAACCUGUCCAGAGUCUCUGCAGGCCAGGAAAAGCAGGGGAAACCUCACCAUGGAGAAACCCUACAAUGAAAGUGAAGGAAUGCCUUCAAACCAAGGAAAGAUGGAAAAUGAAGAACAGCCACAGGAUGAGGAAAAGCCAGAAGUAGCUUAUACUCGGGAAGAUGAGGAAAAGUUAGAAAACGUGGGAAAGACAGGAGAUGAGGGAAUGCCAAAGGAUAAGGAAAAGCCAGAUAAUGAGGAAAAGGCAAAUGAAAAAGGAGAGCCAGAGAGGGAGGCAGAGUCCAAAGAGGAAGGCGAGCCAGAAAGUGAAAGAAGGGCUGCAGAAAAGCGCCCAUCUGAGGAUGAUAUACCUAGGAAAGCCAAAAGAAAAACCGACAAGGGGCUGGCCCAGUACCUCAAGCAGUAUAAAGAGGCCAUACACGAUAUGAAUUUCAGCAAUGAGGAUAUGAUAAGAGAAUUUGACAAUAUGGCUAAAGUGGAGGCUAAAUCGAGAAAAAGCAAACAGAAGUUGGGGGCGUUUUUGUGGAUGCAAAGAAAUUUACAAGACCCCUUCUACCCGCGGGGCCCAAGGGAAUUCAGGGGUGGCUGCAGGGCCCCACGAAGGGACACUGAAGACAUUCCUUAUGUAUAG